GUCCUCCUCCGGCGCAUGCGCGACAGCCCCGGCAAGAUGGCGGCGGAGGAGGAGCCGAAGCGGCGGAUCCCGCUGGUGCCGGAGAACUUGCUGAAGAAGAGGAAGGCCUACCAGGCCAUCAAGGCCACCCAGGCCAAGCAGGCGCUCCUCAACAAGCGGAAGCACCAGAAGGGGAAACAAAUCCAGUUUAAACGCCUUGAGGCUUUUGUUCGAGAUUCAUGGCGCAAACACCGAGACGACGUCCGGCUGAGGCGCAUGGAGCAGAGACCUGGACAGACGGCUGCACCCCAGGAGCACAAACUAGCCUUUGUUCUGCGGAUUGUAGACAUUAAGGGAGUGAGUAGGAGGGUAAAAAGAGUGAUUGAGUUGCUGCGGCUGAAAAGAAAUUUCACUGGAACGUUUGUUAAGCUGACUCCGUUAUCGCUGAAGAUGCUGCGAAUCGUGGAACCUUACGUGGCAUGGGGGCACCCUAACCUGAAAUCUGUACGAGAGCUCAUCCUGAAACGGGGCCAAGCCAAGAUCAAGAAGAAGAGGGUACCUCUGACAGACAAUAUGCUGAUUGAGGAACAUUUAGGGAACUGUGGUAUUAUUUGCCUGGAAGACCUUAUACAUGAAAUCUACUCAGCUGGGAAACAUUUCCAGAAAGUCACGAACUUUCUAUGGCCAUUCCAUCUGUCAGUGGCUCGCCAUGCUUCACGUAACAAAGUGGGUUUCCUCAAAGAAAUGGGUAAGCCUGGCUGGAGAGGCGACGCAAUCAACCAGCUUAUACGACAGCUCAACUAGUCAGGGUCCAGGAUUUGCAACCUGUUCCUUUUUACAUGUAGUUUUCAUGGACAUUAUCUCUAUGCAAUGAUAUACUCUGUCUUUUGACUGUUGUUGCCUCUAUAAAAAAAGAAAAAAAUAUACAGAUGAUGGAAAUGGACUUUGGGCUGGUCCUUCUUGAAGAAGAUGAUAAAUUGUGUGUGGUACAAGAAAGAAGCAAGUUGAACUUCCCGGAGAAAUCUGGCUCAUUUUUUUAUACCUGUGACUGCUGGUGCUGUACCAGUCACCUCCUGAUCUCAAUGUGGGUAUAAAGCAGCAGCUGUCAGUUCCCAAUUGAAACUCCUGUUACAGUUGACUCACUGCUUUGAUCCAGUCCUCCCCAGGGGAAGUGCUUUAAGUUGCACUCCUUGAAGUGCACCUCCCUCUAGGUGUAAAGGGGUAGCGCAGUCACCUGUUUAAGAACGUUGCUGACAGGCAGAAGAUGACACUAGGUAUUCCUCUGUUACUGCCAUGCAAGCUCCAGUGGUGAAUAAUCUUUUUUGAUGUGCCUAGAUAGUAUUUAUUUAAAAAACCCAUGAUUUUAUGCUACUGAUUUACAAAAGGCUGCCUCUUCACCUCUGCUAGUUUAUUCUAUGUUCUGGAGAGAACUAUUCAGAAACUUUGUAAUACAGUGGUGGAGUAAAUAUAAUCAAUGUUUUUUAAAUAAACUUCUGAAAUGAUGCUGUUUUAACAGGAAGAGUUGUAUAUUACACUAGAAAAGUGGGAGAAGUUAAAUACUCUAGCUGAAAUGAAUUUGAUGAAGGAAAUAACAGAA